AAUCAAAUCAACUUUUUACUUAGGUGUGGCUUGAAGUUUUUAUGUUGUUUGUGAACAGAUUUCAUCGUGAACGAGAAAAAAAAGUAUCGAGAACAUGUAUUUCAUCUGUGAGCUCACUAGUACCUAGAUUCUAGAUGAGCUUUUCACUAUUCUAGUAGAAAGCUUCUGAUUUUAUAAAGUCAGACAGGUUAACACAGUAUUAUUAUUAUUACUAUUAUUAUUAUUAUUAUUAUUACUACUACUACUAGUAGUAUUAGUAUAGUAAACGCGAACUGGGUUGGGGACAACCAGUUUAUUGUUUGAUGCAAAAUUACAGUUCUUUCAUAAAAUGUGAAAACCAUGCAUUAAAUACUUUGGCAAAUCUUCUACCAUUUGCCCUUUACAUCCUUCAUGAUUCUUCCAUUCCUCAAUUCCUUUAUGUUUUUCUUUUUGUUUUUUUCAGCGCAAUAUCCCCAACCUUUUUUGACAGGUAUUCAACUUCUUAUCGGUGUUACAUACUACUUAUGUCGACAGACAUAGGUAUCAUUCACCACAGUAGUAGUCGAAGUAAUAAUAGUACUAUAUCCCCAAUGUUGUUCGAUUUGGGAUUGCAUUUUCUUAAAAAUGGGACAAGAAUAAGUUAAAGGCCUGCGGAAAUAUUUGUAACAUUCAGCUUUUGAUUUGGUUUAUAUGAAACCUAAAGGAGGUACUCUACGCCGGGGGAGGGGGAAUUUUAAGAGUGAUGUGUGAGAGACCUAGUGACUGUUUAAUGCAUACAUGUAGCACUGCUAUGGAGAGCAUUUUCUUAAGGUCUCGCAAAUUAUUUAUUGUACUGUUAUGAAUUUUGAAUGAUUGAUAUCAGUUAGAUUCCAAUUGUUUUUGAUAUUUUUGUAUUGGUCUGUGCGUAUUUUAGUUAUAAAAAUUCAUAUAUUUUCACGUCGAACUUAUUGAAAAGAAAUUUAAUGUAAUAAAAGACAUUUAUUUUGCAGUUACGGAGUAAUAGUAAACAUGGUAUGGUGGUUUAGUGAAUCAAGGAAUUAACUUGAUCCGUGAAUUUCAUGUUAAAAUAAUGCUUCACUUUAUUCUGGUCAAGUAACUAACAUAUCAGCAGUAAAUUACCCAGAAUAAAUAAUUGAGUUCUUAAGUAUGUGAAUAAAUACUUCAUUGAAUAUAGUAUAUCUUUAUUGCUUUAUUUCUUUAUCAUUUUCUCUUUAGAUGUCACUAAAGCACUUCCAGAUCAACAGUCGUCUACACAUUUAGAGUUAUCAUCACCAAAUGAUAUUAUCCUUGAAAAUACAUGGAGAUAUAGGUCAUUUCCAGGUAUAAAAAUACCGGUUGUUCGUUCCCCUCAUCCAACCUUUGGAUCACCAUGGCCAUUACCAUGGAGUUGGUCAUCAUCUUCAUGUUAUUAUAAUGUGGAUAUGCAACAGUUUCACUUUGAAUUCCAUACAAUUUCAAAUGAGAUUCUACAAUCAGCUGUAAAUCGAUAUACGUAUAUGAUACGAAAUAAGCUUGGUUUUUCUGUGUACCCAAAAGUUUGGCAACAUAAUGAAAAGAGCUUAUUCAGUCAUUUCUCUGAUAAUUAUCAGUCGACUUGUGAAAAUUCUCCUGUAAAGCGAAAUCAGGAUUUUCGCGACAGUAGUUGGAAAAAAAGUUCAUCAUCAUUCCGAGCAAAUCGUCAUUAUUCAAGUAGUACUAAUAAUAACUCCCAUGAUACUAAUUUAAAAACUUCAAAUGAUAUAUCUCAUAAUUUUAUAUCUGAACAAAUGUCUCAUUUAAUUCGCAAGUACAAAUUAUCUGAACACAGUAUACGGCGUAGAGGAAUUCAAAAUUCUGCCUUGUUGCAUGUGAUAAAUCCCGAUUCGAAAUUGCCACAUGUUAAUAUGGAUGAAUCCUAUAUCCUGGGUGUUACAGAAAAUGGCAUUUUUAUUAUUUCUAAUGAAACAUGGGGGGCUUUAAGAGGUUUAGAAACACUUAGUCAAUUAUUGUGGACUACGAAAGAUCAAUCUCAUGUUUUUGUUAAUCGAACGUACAUUGUCGAUUACCCUCGUUUCAAACAUCGUGGAUUAAUGAUUGACACUUCUAGGCAUUUUAUAAGCAAAUCUGUUAUUUUACUGAACUUGGUAAGCUUGUUUUUAUACUUCUAUUCAGCAUCAUCUGCUGUAAACAUAGCUUACUAAAUAAUAUAAUAUCUAUUACAACUAUUGGGAACCUAAAUUCCGUGUAGCAGUAACUUAAUCUGUCAUAUAUCAGGGAUUGAAAAAAGACAAAAUUCUUUCUUAAACAGGAAUUUUAUUGUGUACCAAAUAUAUUCGUGCAGUAUUUGGAAUUAAUUUGAUUGAGGCAUGUACAAAAUUUUUUGCUACCACAGUGGUGUUAAGGUUGAGCGAGCGCUCAUCGGGAGGUUUAAAGGUCUGAACAUUGGUGUACGGGAGGCCGUGAGUGCACACUGAUGAGGGUUUCCACAAUAGCAUGAAACAGUGCUUAUUGGUUUUCACUGGAUGUUUAAUUAUAGAAUUUGAUAAUCUUCACAAACUCCAAUGUUAAAGAAUUACAUCAACUGUAGAAUUUAAUGAAUUUUUUUGCAAUUUAUCAAAUGCUACGUGCCUUCCAAAUCGAAUGAGUUAGUUUACUAGAUCUGUAUUUUAGAAGUUUAUGUGUCUAAUUCUCAAUCACUAGUUCGUGUGUUCAAAACCGAUAUUACCGCUUCAGUUUAUACGGUAUCGAUAUCUCUAAUCUUCACAUUAAAAGUAUUCUAUUCACUAAGGUUCAUGAAAAUUUUUAAAUGAGCGGGAUUGCAAAGGUUAAAUGAACGUAAGUAAGAGUUUAUACUUUGCAUUUCAAAACGUUGAAAAUUUUAUUGUCUGCUUAAAUCGAUUGAUUUCUGAAAGAUUCAGAUGUUCACAUUUCUAGUUAUAAUGUCACUGAAAUAAAUGCUUGACAUCAACUGUAUUUUUAUUUAUUGUUUCUUCUGACUAAAACAAAAUACAACUUGACAGUAUCAGUAUCUUAUCUAUUCAAAAUGUUCAUGUAAAGUUUGCUUAUUUUUGAUUGACUUGUUACACUGAAAUAAAUUAUGUAUUUCCCUAGUCACUUUUUGUUUAAUAUACUAUUAACUUUGACUUUUUACAACUAUCCAUUUACUCCAUAAUAUGUAUUAAUCUUUUAAUAUAAAUAUAUGUUCGUUUCAAAUGUACAAUAUGUUAAUAAUAUAUUGGUUAAGCGAAAGAUGCACCAUUCUACUGGUAUGAUAUUGUGAAUUACUGAUAACCGAGAAAUAUGACAUCGGUUACUUUGCCCAAAGAUCAAAAAGUAUUUUUUUCAAUAGUAUUAUAGAACAUUUACCUUCAAGUAUAAAUUUACAUCUGCAUUAGGAGGAUCUUAUGCAGAUGUAAAGGCAAGGAUUGACAAAGCAGUGGUAACAUUCCUACAACUGAAGAGUAUAUGGAACUCUAAACAACUGUCAGCCAACACCAAAGCUAGAAUCUUCAAUACUAACAUCAAGACAGUUCUAUUGUAUGAAGCUGAAACUUGGAGAACUACUACAACCAUCAUCAAAAAGUACAAGUAGUUAUAAACAGCUGUAUAUGCAAGAAACUCAAUGUCCGUUGUCCGGAUGCCAUCAGCAACAGCGUACUGUGGGAGAGAACAAACCAACUUUCAGCUGAAGAGGAACUUUGGAAAAGACACUGGAUGUUGAUAGUAUAUACAUUACGGAAGUCAUCAAUCUGUGUCACGAGGCAAGCCCUUAGGUGUGGAAUCUUGAAGGCAAAAGGAAAAAGGACAGAUCAAAGAACACAUUGCGUCGGGAAUCGGAGGCAAAUAUCAAGAGAAUAAAUAGGAAUUGGAAACGGUUGGAAAGGAGAGCGAAGGACAGAGUUGGAUGGAGAAUGCCUGUGGGCGACCUGUGCUCUUCCACAAAGGGUAACAGGCGUAAGUAAUAUUUUUUUUGCAUCUCUCGUGGUUGAGCUGUUUUGAAUUUGGUCAACAGUGGCGACCAAAAUUGAACUGUAGGUUUAAUUUUAAUGAAGUGUCAUCAUAUAAUUGUAAAUUGAUAUUUACUAACGUAAUUUUUUUUACCGGUUUUUAAUGUAUUUUAUCCCAUUCCUUUUGUAAUCCCAAUAAAAUAUAACAUGUCCUCCAUCUUAAAACAUCAGUUUUAUGUUUAGAGAAAUGACAGACAAUUGCAUUAAGAAACUUCAUUUUUUACGUCUAAUCGAUACUGAAUACCAAAUUGGUGGGAAAAUAUUUUUUAAAUCUACCUAUCGAAUUCUAAUUAGUUUGAUUUAUGCUUUAAUAUUUCGCCUUCUAAAGGAAGUAAAAACCAUAGGAGUUCACAUGAAUCAACCUAACCGAAAUCUAUCCAAAAGAUGCUUGUGACUCUAAAAAGUUGACUAUAUGUCUAAUCAAAUGAUUAAUCCAAAACAACAUUCAUGGUGUAAAAGUAACCCUUUCUACUUAGUCUAUUUUUCUCUCUCAUUGUGUUAUGUUUGUAAUCAGUGUUAAGAUACCAGCCUGAUAACUUAUUCAAUUACAUAUUUAUAUUUUGUAUACAUUUCGUUAAUAUUUUGAUUGUGGAUAUAUUUUCUAUCUUCUUUAGGAGGCUAUGAGUUAUAAUAAAUUAAAUGUUUUACAUUGGCAUAUUGUGGAUGAUCAGUCAUUUCCAUAUCAAAGUGAUGUAUAUCCUGAACUUUCGGCUAAAGUAUGUUUUGUUUGUGAAUGAUAAGUUUUUUGCAACUAGAGAAAUGUAUAUGCUUUUAUAUGUAUAAUUAAUUAUCAAAUAAGUAAAAUGGGUCUUUUAUAACUGUUGGGUAAUUUUCAUUAUUGGGUGCAAUUGUGGUGUGUGCCAUUUAUAUGGACAGUAGUAGCAGGAAUUUUAAGUAGAAUUCUUACCGGCAGAAAAGGAAAAUGCAAAGAAAAGAAAAACAGAGCAGUCAAUGUGACAACAGAAAUGGAAGAACUAUGGGGUUUGUAAGAGAUAACUCAAAGAUAUGCGAAUAGUGUAUUUAUCGUAUUGUUUACUCAUUUUACAAAUGCAGUGUGUAAUUUUGUAUAAUAUAAUUGAUUAACCCUUGCACAAGUCUUCGUUCGUUAAACUAUCGGAUAAUGUGUCAUUGAAAAUUAGGUAGAACUAGAUAGAUGUUUCAUCUAUUACGAGACUACUUCGUGAUGUUCACUGACCGGUCUCAUGCGGGACAAAAAUUCUGGACCUUCGUGUCUCACAGAGGGCGAAAUACCUUGGACCACGAAAUCGACAUCCAACCAUCUACAUUUUCAACUUCAAUUAUUUCGUAAUAUAACGCAAUUCUUAUAUAGUAUAUAACUUUAUUCUUGAAAAACAUCGUUCCAGUCUCUCCUUACGAUCAUUCUUCUCCCCUUUUAAUCUUGCUUUGUGACUGAGCAACGAUUCGCUUUUGAGGAGAAUAUGUGGCUAUCAGUAUUUAUCCACAAUUGAUUUCUAAAAUAUCACUGAUAAGGUUUUAAACCUAGUGGGCGAAGUUUGCUCCUCACCCUACUGUUCUUAUGUCGAAUGAACUGCUGCGUGUAUUAUCAUCUCACAAAUCAUUGGUUUUCUCAGUCUUACCAUGGCCAGUUUUCAAAAUUUCAAUUGCUUGGAUCCUCGUUUUUUUGGUAUUGUUAAAAAGUACGUGUCUGUUAGCGUUAAUUAGUAUUACAUCUCAUGAUUUGUUUGACUGUUGUCCAUUGGUCAUUCACCGUAGCUCCUUUUUUCACAGCAGCAUACAUGUAAUUUCUUUAGGCUAAAAUAUUAUCUUUAAAUUAAAAAAAUCGGUUAGUGAAGUUUAUAUUUACCGUUUGUUAAUUUUAAAUAAUUGCGCUUUAGCUUCAGUUUUUUCCUUAUUCAUGUAACUUUUUUUAUUGUCCUCAUAAUUUAUUGCCAUGUACACGUGUUUGUAUAUCUGUUUUGGGUAUUUCCAGGGUGCUUAUCGAGAAGAUUUAGUUUAUACAUCGAAUGAUAUCAAAGAAAUUGUGGAGUUUGCCCGAUUUCGAGGCAUUCGUGUUAUUCCCGAAUUCGAUAUACCAGGUAUUGUUAUUUUUUUAGAUACAUAUGUUAUACCACGCAUUUUAUUAUUAACUUAUAUACUAAGUCUCCAUACACUUACUUGAAAUAACAUGGUUUUCAAAACUUCCUUAUUGUUACCACCACCCAGAUGCGCUAAAUUUACAUGUUCUUGUUUUACUUACCUUAAAUUUUAGCUUCUGGUGUUCUAAGAUGUUGUUAUACAGUAAUGUUCGCACUUUUUCAAUUUUAAACACAUAGAUAAGUACACAUAUUUUCAAUAUCAAGCAACGGAACUUCAUUUUCUAGCCUUAAUAUUUUGAGUUUUUCGAAACACGGCUGAUUAUUUUUCAGUGUAUCUGGUUUUCAUUUUUCAGCCUUUUUUGUAUUAUGAUGCAUUUUAUCAACUCUAUGGACACCUACUUUGAAGGCAACGUCAUUUAAAACAAAAACGAGUAUCAUGUUACUUUUCCCGUCAAGUUCGAGUUUAUAAAUAUUUUAUUGGUUGUUAAAUUCAACCAUGACGUACAGAUUUGUGUGUUAAAUUGUGAAGGUCAAUUACCUGUCGGUUAAUUUCACUACAUCACUAUCCAAAGUUUUUGAUGAAUUGUAUGUGGGGUUUCAACAUUCAGUCAGCAAAUUAAACCCUUACACAAUGUAGCAAUAACUUUAGCUUGUCCUUAAAGAGCCUGCUACUCAUCAAGUAAUGGAGUUAAAGAUUCCUUGAUUGAUUACAUUCACUUUAUAUUCGUAUUAUAAAAUUACAAGCGAUUCGCUGCUGUUGUUAUCAUCAUUUAAUUGUGGUUCUUUUAUAUUUAGUUCUUAAUAUAGAUUAGUAAAUCAGUAUUUAGACGACCUUCAGGACUUUACCUUUUUCCAUGAUAAAAAGACUUCUAAACAUUCGCUGUCACUGUAGGUUGUUCCUGAUGGCAUCCGGACAACGGACAUUGAGUUUCUUGCAUAUACAGCUGUUUAUAACUACUUGUACUUUUUGAUGAUGGUUGUAGUAGUUCUCCAAGUUUCAGCUUCAUACAAUAGAACUGUCUUGAUGUUAGUAUUGAAGAUUCUAGCUUUGGUGUUGGCUGACAGUUGUUUAGAGUUCCAUAUACUCUUCAGUUGUAGGAAUGUUACCACUGCUUUGUCAAUCCUUGCCUUUACAUCUACAUCAGAUCCUUACUUAUCAAUUCUGCUAGCCACCUACGUAGAAAUUUACAUCUCUUCUAAAGCUGUCCCAUCAAGUGUUUGUGCUGGUGCUCUCUGUUUUGCAUUACAGGAUCUUACCUUUACCCAUGUGUGUGUUGAAGCCUAGUGCUGCAGAGGUUAGUGCUACACUGCCUAUCUUCACAUGAAUUUGUUGCUGUGUGUGGGAUAAAAGAGCUAGUUUAAUAUAAUUUAGCUUGAUUUAAUAGAUUUGUAAAUACUCCCCAAAACUUAAUGUUUACAUUUUACAUAAAAUGGGCAGGUAGUGGCAAACAAUGUAAUCCAAUUUAUGUAUUUGUUCAUAUAACGGACUCACCAUCUAGGGUUUUACCUGCGUCGCAGUGUUGGUGAUCUUAUGAAGAAUCGAAAUCAAUACCAGUACUGUUUGCUCAAAACGCCAUCGUGUUAUUCACUUAACUACUGCGUCCAAAUAACCAGUGGCUUGUGCAGUGGAGUUGAAUUUUAAUUCCUGUAUAUUGGUUAUAUAAUUCUUCGAAUUGAACUCUGCCCAACUGUCUAUUGAGCUCCACUCCUUAUUCUGGUGCUUUUAUGGCCCAGCACCUCCUGACAUGUUGAAGUUAUUGCUUCUUUAAUCGCUUUCCAGUUGUUCUCCAUAUUGUUUUCCUUUUCUUCCAUUAGAUGUUGUAAGGUCUGAAAUUGUCGCUGAGAUCUAUCCUGAGAUUCACGAGUUUGUUAGCAUCUCGAAUGCAACUUGUUCAACUGUCCAAUGGUGCUUCAACCUCAGUUCUAGCUGGACGAUUAUCAGAUUGGGAUGUGAAACUCCUCAGAUCAGCUCCCCUCUGUACUCUUAUGUGUUUGAUGGACAUUAUGAUCUUGCUGUUGAUUGAGAUGUAAUGGAUCUGGUCCUCUGUUGUGCGGUACAGUGAAAGCAAGGAAGCUUUAUGUAUGCGUUUGUGCGGAAUUGGUGCCACCUAUAACCAUGUCGUUGAAAGUACAUGGAUUUGCAAGUCCCUCACCACUCUGGUUGCUUUCUCCUAUUCCAUAUCGUUUUAUGACAUCUUCAUACCCGUCGCUAUCCAUACUGACAUCCCCGUUUAUAUCUCUUAUGACGAUCGUCAGGUGGCUUCGUGGUUACUUUUUUACGAUCGACUUAAGCUUCUCAUAAACUAAUUUUCAUCACCUUAGCUGUUAUAUGACAUUCAAUCCCUGCGUUCUUCGUUUUGAAGGAUGGUUUGUUGGUGUUGAAUAUAUGAAAUUCCUAUCCCAUAAGUGGGUUUUAUGCUUUUUUGAAAAUCAUCAAUGCAACUCUUUGUUUGUGCGAUGCAUUUUCUUUAUGACCCGAUUAGAAUAGAGCCUCUCGCUUAGUUAAUCUUUUCUGUCCAGCUUACGUACGUGUUUCAAUUAUUCUGAGCAUCGCCAGGUUGUAUCUUCUUAUUUCCCGAUCUCCCUGGUCCUGUCAGUCUCUUACAUUAUGCAAACAUUCAACCUGCUUGUCUUAAUUUGUACUGUGAUUGUUAGAACGGACAUCGGGACCGAGAUUGCCAAAAGAAUCUUGGCUUUCAUCAUGUGAUCUCAUAUGUAUUCUAAAUGAAAACCUCUCAAGUGUCAAAUGGAGUCUAGGUAGUUAGAAUUAUUUUCUACGGGAUGGAGCUGGUAACUUCAUCCGCAAACAUUCUCCUCUGUCAAGGGUUUGGCUCGGUCGUAACCGUAGAAGUGUGCAGGUGGAGUUACAUCUGACACUUCUGUUUGAAAAAAAGAUGAAAUCACUCAAGAGAACUGUUAUUUCCAAUGAGAAAGUGCGUCAAAUUUGUUGUUCUGUACUAUGCGAUCAUGGUAACAUUAAGAAUUGAAGUAGAUAAGCAGAGCGCUGGUUUCCUAAAUACUUUUUAAUCACAUGGACAAACAAAUACACAUUUUCACUUUGAAUAUACUAAUAAAAGAAUUUGAUUAAUUCAGUGUAUGCAGAGUUAAUCGAUUUACGUUUUGUAGUUUUUUAAUGAGUUAUUUGAUUAUCAAAUGAGUAAACCAUUGAUUUUUGAAUAAAUCUUUAUUACCUCCUCCCUUGUUUGCAAUUCUAAUCAAUUAAUUGUCUGCAAAAUCACAUAGGUAAGUAAUAAGUGUGUUUCCGCUAGUAACUGGCUUUAAGAUGAAUUUUUCAGUAUUACAGUAAAAGGUCCUGACUACUAUAUUGUAUGAUGUUGAAUGCGAGGUAUUAAUUCACCAAUAUCAGUGAUUAAAGUUAACCCAAUGUCAUCGCUUCAUCAAAAUUUAAAAUGUAAUUAGUUUAAAUUUGUCAGGUAGUUUGCAAUUAUGACGCCAUGUGUGGUCCGAGUAUCUUAGUUUUCAUCAUUACUUGGCUUGUGUUUAUUCAUUAUUGAGUAUUAAUGGCAAAUUAGGUCGACUUGAAAAUUUCGCACUACAUCUUGUAUCAUCUCAUGAUAAAAAUUAUUUGUAUUAUUGCUACGAGUUUAUGCAUUGCGUCAAACAAUCUCAGUCAGUCAGUAACAACGUAGAACUUCGUACGUACGUACAUCAGUUCGAGUUGCCAUACCACAUUAGCACAGAGAUACAGUUGUCGAUUCAAAUCCCAUAGUGGUAGAGGUAAUAAGAGUAUAAGCAGUAAUCGGGAAGAUUAGGGUUUGGAGAUGUUAUUUAAAGAGUAUAAUCCAGUGAAAUAAAUUUGGAAAGAGGAAAAAAAGGGACAUGAAGAAUUCAGAAGAUUAGAAUUUGGGAGAACACAGAGAGUGGAUGCACCUGCGCCAUUGCAAACGAUUUUGAGCCAUGUCAUUCAGGGUCUCUAACCAUCGGUUGCUAUCAUCUCGCGGUCCCCAACCAGGUAGUCUACACCUACCAACAUGACUCAGUCCACUUGUCAGUGACUUCAUGGACUUGUGCCAUGUUUUGGUUUGGCCGCCCCUAGCUUUCUUCCAACCUACUCCUAUACCACUGAACAUCGCACGUC